AUGUGGCUCCUCCUGAGUUAUUUGGUGACUCUCCACGUCCUGCGGCUGGGAUCAGCUAACUUCAGCGUGGUGGGACCAGACCGCCCUCUCCAGGUCACUGUGGGGCAGUAUGUCGUGCUGCCAUGUCACUUGUCCCCCAGCAUGGACGCUCGGAGCUUGGAUAUCAGGUGGAUCCGGCACCAGUUCUCCAAAACGGUGCACCACUACCGAAACGGAGAGGACAUGUACAGGGAUCAGAUGGAGGAGUACGGUGGGAGGACAGAGUUGGUCAGAGAUGGUCUCUCCAGUGGACGCCUCAAUUUGCGAAUCUCUGGGUUGAGACCCUCUGACGAUGGUCAGUACGUCUGCACUGUGACAGAUGGUGCCUCUUAUGGAGAAGCUACGGUGGAUGUGGAGGUGUCAGCCACAGGCUCUGUCCCUCAGCUCUCCCUGGAGGCUUACGAGGAUGGAGGCAUCCGGGUGCUGUGUCGAUCGGCCGGCUGGUACCCACAACCGGAGGUGCUGUGGAAAGAUCCCAACGGGAAGCUUCUCCCCUCGGCCUCCCAGAGAUAUUCCUCGGAUGAGAGGGGCAUGUUUGACAUUGAAGGUGUCAUCGUUGUGUCCAAUGGGAACAGACAUGGGAAGUGGUCCUGCGUGCUCAGGAACAGCCGCCUCAACCAGGAGCAGAAGACGUCCCUGCACAUCUCAGGGCUGCAGUCCAGAGAGCUGGAGAAAACAGUUGCAGGACUGAAGGGUGAGUGUCUGGUGGGCAGCUCAGGGGCACCAGCCCACGCCUGGACCCUCGCCCCUGCCCAGACUUGCUGGGGACCGGCUGGGGGAUGUGACCAGCUCUUGUCUCUCCUUCUAGCCUGGAGAAAGUUUCUGCUUCCCCACAAUCCAGACGUGGUGACCCUCGAUCCAGACUCGGCUCAUUCCCAACUUGUCCUGUCAGCGGAUGGGAGAAGUGUGAGAAGGGGAAGAGCACGGCAGGACCUGCCCGACACCCCUGAGAGAUUUGACACUCGGUGCUGUGUGCUGGGCCAGGAGGGGAGAUUCUGGGUCUGUCUGGACUGCACGCAUGGGCUGGUGACUUUCAUCGAUGCUGACAGUGGCCAUCGUCCCCCAGGAGCCAGUGCUCUUCUCCAUGCCAACAUCACCUAUGGGCCGGAAAGCUGGAGCCCGGCGCAGGUGACAGUGGCAGCCACCCAUGCAGGUGCCCACACCUUUAUCACCCGCCUGCCCCGGGGCUAUAAGACAGGAACAUGCCUCUUGGACAUCUACGUGACAGGGCUCAGCCCAGGCACCAAGGUCCUGAUGACAUAA